UCAGAGUUAAACAUGAGCUCCGGUUCGACAUGUGCUGUAUCGGGUUGCUACAACAACUCAAAAAAACUGAAGAGUUUUCAAGAAAGUAUCUGUGUAGAACAUCACAAAAUCAGGAAUGAAUGUCCGUGCCUUGCGCCCUAUGCCUUACACUGUAUGCCGUCGAAAGAGGAGAGGAAACAGGCUUGGCUUGCGGCUUUGAAAUUAAAAACCCCUCCGAAGAGAGUUUAUGUGUGUUCCUUUCAUUUCGUCGAUAAAAAGCCCACAGAGGUGCAUCCGGAUCCCGAGCUCUACCUGGGUCACAACCGCCCUCUUCAAGGCAGACGGAAACAACUUCAGGAAGCUGACGGACUUGGUGAGAAGAUGUCAGAAGACGCAGUGCGUCAGACGCGUAGUCAAAAGCGGGCGUUGGAGCGAGAUGCCCCUGCUUCGGAGGCCGACUUGAAGAGGGUCAAGCUGGAGAAAGGAGAGCUUGGAGCUGUAGAUGGACUGAAGACCAAAAGCGAACAGGCCAACAAGGUGGCUAACAUCCUGCGGGCCGGGGAGGUGAAGGCCACCAUCAAGGUAGAGGUGCAGACCACCGACGAACCUGUGGACAUGAGCACAUCUAAGAGUGACAUAAAGAAAGAGCGACCUCCGACGCCAGAUGAUGUCAUUGUUCUGUCGGACAAUGAGCCCUCUAGUCCUUGUAUGAAUGGGGUCAGCUACAGUUUUAAGAAGACGGAUACUGAUAUGCUAAUGAAAAGCAGCCCGGCUGAACGUGAGCGUAUCAUAAAACAGCUGCAGGAAGAACUGCGUCUUCAGGAGGCCAAACUCGUCCUGCUGAAGAAACUCAGACAGAGUCAGACCCAAAAAGAUGUUGUGCAAAAGUCAACCAAUUCUGUGGCUGCUCCACCUCCUCUCGUCAGGGGCAGCAUCUCGUCCACUAAAGGACCCCUACAGGUCUCCAACCGAAACUCAGGGACAGUCAUUCCUCCUCCUCUGGUUCGAGGUGGAGCGCAGGUCUCCAAGCAUGGCUCCCAUAAUACCGUAGUCAUGCCAACCUUAGUCAGAGGCUCCCAGCCCAUCACUGUGACCCCGCAUCAGAUUGCGACCCUACGGCAGCAUCAACAACACUCGGGUUCUGGUCCUCCUCCUCUGGUGCUGGGCGCACGCUCCUCCGUACCCACCGUACAGGUGCAGGGCCAGAGGAUCAUUCAGCAGGGCCUGAUCCGUGUAGCCAAUGCAAACGUCCUGGUCUCACAGGCCUCUUCCACUGGUUUGAAGAGCUCUCAGUCUGGUCUGGGCAGCAGUACCUCUGUCAGCGCCAAUGAAUCUCCUGCCAGCCGACAGGCCGCCGCCAAGCUUGCGUUACGGAAACAGCUGGAGAAAACCCUUCUUGACAUACCGCCACCUAAACCUCCAGCACCAGAGCUCAAUUUCCUGCCCUCGGCAGCUAAUAAUGAGUUCAUCUACCUGGUGGGGCUGGAAAUGGUGGUCCAGAACCUGCUAGAUACACUGGCUAAAAGUAAGCAGCCGCAGACAGAGUCUGCAUCUACCCCGGCACCCAAGGAGCCCUUCACAUGCUCCCAGUGCCAGACGGACUUCACCUCUCGCUGGAGGCAGGAGAAGAGCAAUGGCUCCAUCCUCUGUGAGCAGUGCAUGAGCUCCAACCAGAAGAAGGCCCUGAAGGCUGAGCACACCAGCCGCCUGAAGGCUGCCUUCGUCAAAGCCCUGCAGCAGGAGCAAGAGAUCGAGCAGCGCAUCCUGCAGCAGGCCGCCUCGCCCGUCUCCAAGACCACCACCACCUCUUCUUCGCCGGUGAUUAAAUCCGAUCACGUGCUGGUGUCGCCACAGUAUAAGCAGAUGAGCUCGUCGCUGACCCAGCAGACCAACAGAGGGACGUCGAUCGGUCGAUACCACACCACCACCAUCAAGCAGACUCCAGGCCAGCUGUCCCGUAGCGUACAGCAGGCAGUGAGUGCGGGCGCACGCGGGGUGAGCCACAGCUUCUCCACUUCCUCCCAGUUCCAGAACGCCGUCACAGCCGCCGCGCUGGUCAGCAGGCCAGGUAAGCAUGUCGUGAGGGCAGGGGAAAAGGGCACCAGCAGCAGAAACCCCACCACCAAUACCUGGAGGAAACAGAACAGCGGCACCGCAGGUGUCACCAUGGCUUAUGUCAACCCCAGUCUGUCUGUGCACAGGACAACAUCUCCAGUGGACCGUCAGCGAGAGUACCUCUUGGACAUGAUCCCUUCCCGCUCCAUUUCCCAAACGGCAAACACAUGGAAAUAAUGUCCUGAUUAAAUCACUUGCAAAUUUCUCUGAAUUAUAAUAAUCCUGUCUUUUUGGACAUUCGGUCGGUUAUCAGUAUCAGACAACCAGCCAUUAAGCAAUAAUAAAAAUAAAAAAUUAUUAUAUUUUCUCUCUAUUUCUCUGUUCUGAGACCCUUAGUUGUACAGUCUAAGGUAAGACCCCAUAGGCCAACAAGCGUCCUAGAGGAGAACUGUACCGGGAUCAGUGAUCAAGGAGACCAAGGACCUUUUCUACAGGCCUUUGUAUCGAUCUACUGAAUCCCUCCAUUACCCAAUGGGCUUUAGUGAUCUAAUACACAUCACCCACAACACCCAAUUCACGGCCCUCCAGGAGGAGUAAUUGCUCCAUUAUGUAAAACUAAACCCUCUGUAUGACGUUUCCAGAGGCUCAUGGACACUUUUUCCCACAGGAAUUGGAGGACACAGGACCGUUGAGUUCUUGCGUGAUGCCAGGGAUUGUUUUACGACCUUUUUGUGGACCAUCUACACAGCUUCAGCUAUGUUUUCCGACCCACAGCGUCUCUUGAACAGAUUUGGGAGUGUAUGUUUGUGUAUUUGAUGUCAGUACAUUGCUUUUUUUUGUUUUUUAGCUUCACUGUGGACUCAUUCCACCCUUUUCAAAAUGGCCUUUUUUUAAAAGGCUAGAAGUUUAAGGAAUUGUUAUACUGUUGAGGUGGUUAUACAUCUGCUGGUGUAGUGUGUAUUUUUGAAUACUUUGGGUUGUUUCUUUUUUUCUUUGUAAGCUUAUAAAAGACAUUUAUCCAAGAAUUGUGCAUCAGGGAUGGUUACAGAGAUGGACGUAACUAACAAAAAGCAGCAGCCGCAACAGGACUACUACUACACCUUCAUGUUUGAACGAUUUGUUUAUCAUAUGAGCCUGACGGUAGCUUUUUAUUAUUUUUUUUUAUUUUUGUUUUUAAUUUUUAAAUUUUUUUUUGCAGAAACAAUUGAUAUGUUACGCUUUUAGUUACCGUUGUGAUGUGCUCCCCCAUAGGUUUUCUUGUAACAGCAUCUAGGUAAUAUUUGGAUGUUGAAUUAUUUAUAAAUGUCACUUUAGAUGAAGGAUAUCCCAUUAGCUCCUUCCCAAAUAGUUCCAAAGCCUUGUGAAUUUAAGAUUGGACUGUAUUUAGGAUGUAUAAAUGCAAAUUUUUUGUCUAAUGCGCAGUUCAUUCAUGUCCUGUCUACCAUUUUAGAUCCUGUUGAAAGUCGUGCCGCUUAAGUCACGGCUUAAUCUUUCCUUAAAGGAAAUGUUUGGGUUGAAAGCAUUACUGCUUAUUGAAUGUAGCACACAAUCUUAGCUAAAUGGAGUCCUACCUGUUAGGUGGUGGUCAUGUUAUUUUUACCAUCUCUUAUUUUCCUUUCAUCUGAUAUGAUUUGCUAGCAAUACGCUUGGUAUUUUAGCUAAACAGUUAUUAUGUUAUAUACGACAGCUCGGGUCCUUUGUCAUCGCAGUCCAUGAACACGUCGAGUCAGUUCUGCUUCAGUCGAUUUGUUUUCCCUUUUCUUGAGAUGAUCCGUUCAGUGAUCUCGAAUGCCUGUGGAGCGUUUCGGACACAGAAGCCCCCUGUUUCUGACUGCUGUUCUAACUACUGCCUGCUGCUGACAACUAACACCAUUCCAUUUCCCCCUGAGAUGCUGCCGUUGUUUAUUGUGGAGCAUCUCUUUUAAGAAUUGUAAAAAAAUAAAACAAAAAAAAACGUUUUUUUUUUUUUCAUCUGUUUCUGCUCUAUCAGUUAAUAAUUAUAAUAAAAACUAAUUUUAACCUGU